CUCGGCACCGGAAGUUGCGCCCGUGAGGAGGCGCGCGAAACAAGAGUUGAGUUCUCCGUCCUUGGGUCCCGGGAAGCGUCUGUUAGCUCUGCGGCUCUGCUACUCCGAGGAGACUUGCAUUGGGACUCCUGCUUGUGGAUGUUUUAGGGGCCCAUCCAGCAUGGAAGAGGAGCCAGUCAUGGGAAGAAAGGAGGCUUUCUCGCAGCUCUUUACCUGCAGCUCUGCCAGCUGGGAACAUGGAGGGGAAGGAGGAGGAGCUUAAGAGAGGUCACUGGAACCAGGCAGAUAUGGCUAAGAAACUUGUGACCCUUAAGGAAGUGGCCAUGGAUUUCGCCUCAGAGGAUUGGGAACAACUGGACCAGAGGGACCUGUUCUGGGACACAGCACUGGAUAACUACCAGGACCUUUUCUUGCUGAAUCCUCUGACACCCAGCCUGGUCUCCCAACCAGCUGGCAGGGAAGAGCUGGAUACCCUGGUGGGAGAAAGUCUGGAAGCCAAGGGACCUGACAUGAUGGAGACCAAGCACUCUCCUCUGCGGCAGGGCUUCCUGGAAGAAGGUCUCUUCCAGGAGAUUAUGGAUGCAUUCUCCAAGGAGAACUCACCAAGACUCAACUUGGAAACCUGUAUAGGGGAAGGCUGGCUAGAUAGUUUUCUAGAAGACACAGAAAGUCUUCUGAAGUCUGACAUUGCCGACAAGGAAAGUCACAGAGAAGGUGAGAUUCAUGAAUUUGAGAGAGGCCUCAGUCCUGAGCCUCUCCUUUCCUCCCCAGGAGAGGAUGCUGUGAUGUCUGAUAGUCCUGAAAAAAGCCUCACACCCGUGAUGCUGAAGGAAUGUAGGGGUGACUCUGGCAUCUACUUGGAGCACAACCAGCAGGACUCUGUCCAGGUUGAGGAGAAGCAAUAUAAGUGUAGUGAGUGCGGAGAAAGCUUCAGCCACAGUUCCCACCUUAUCCAGCACUGGCUUAUCCACACAAGGGAAAAGCCCUCUGUGUGGGAAGAGCAACAGAGAGGGUUUGACCGGAGUGCUUUCCUAUUUGUGCAUCCAGAGACUCACACAGGCAGCACAUCCUAUGUGUGCAAGGAUUGUGGGAAAGCUUUUAGUCAGAAUACAUACCUCCAGUGGCAUUGGAAAAUUCAUACUGGAGAGAACCUAUGUAAGAAUCAAGGUGGUGACCAGAAAAGAACACCUAAGAGUCAAAGUGGUGAGGGGAAAAAAACAUUCAAGAAUCAAGAUACUGACUCAGCAAAAAUGUGUAAGCGUCGAAGCCGAAGAACGCCACCUACUAGUCAAAACAGUGACCAAGAAAAACUGCAGACCAGUCAAGAUGGUGACCACCCAUUCAUCCUUCGUCCACGACGUAUUGAGCAACAGAAAACCAAAUCCUACAAAUGCAGAAAAUGUGGGGAAACUUUCAGCCAGGCCUUUCAUCUAGCUGGACACCAGAAGGUUCACACUCAGAAACUCUAUAAAUGUGCCACGUGCUCUGAAAUCUUCAACUUAAGGAAACAUUUCCUUCAACAUCGGAAAACUCAUUUUGCAAAAACUGUCUGUGAGUGUCAAGAGUGUGGGAAGACCUUCAGGCGGAGGUCGUCAUUCAUUGAGCACCAGGCUGUUCAUACGGGAGAGAAGCCAUACAAGUGUGAUGAGUGUGGGAAAGCCUUCAGCCAUGCCUUUACCCUGAAAAUCCACCAGAGAGUUCACAGUGGAGACAAGCCUUACAAAUGCAGUGAGUGCGGGAAAGCCUUCUGCCGGAGCACUCACCUCAAUGAGCAUCAACGAGUCCACACAGGCUACAGACCCCACCAGUGUCCCGAGUGUGUCAAGAGUUUCAGUCGCCCCUCACACUUGAUUCGACAUCAGCUCAGUCAUGCCACACAAAAGCUCUUUGGUUGUGCCCAAUGCAGUCAGACUUUCAGCCAUAAAGAACACCUAGUACAGCACCAGAAAAUUCACUCUAUCAAAGCCCCAUAUGAAUGUCAGGAGUGUGGAGAGCAGUUCGUUUGCAGCUCAACUCUGAAUUGCCACCUGAGCGUUCACACCAGAGAAAAACAAAGAGUUAAUGAUGCAAGCAAGAAAGUUUUGGGUCAGAACCCAAGGCUUAGUGAGAAAUUCUUUAAUUGUAACAAAUGUGGAAAGGCCUUCAGCCGCAGCAGAUACCUAGCACAGCAUGAGAAGAUUCACACCAAGGUGUCAUCGUUUGAGUGCAGCCAAUGUGGGAAAACCUUUGGCCAGAGCAUACAGCUCAUUCGCCAUCAGAGAAUCCAUUUUGGUGUGAGGCCAGGUGAAUGCAGUGAACCCCCCAAAACUGUGCACAACAUCUGUCUUACUGAACACCAAUCUUCCCAAGGUGAACAUCCCUUUCACUGUAACAGCCAGAUUACCCACCUCUCGGAACAUCACACUGGAGAGGAGCAAACCUUUAAAUGCAGUGAAUGUGACAGAGCCUUCGAGCAGCAUACCGACCUUAUUCAGCAUCAGAGAGCUCAUGCUGCAAAGAAACACUUUGAGUGUAGUGAGUGCGGGAAAGCAUUCAGUCACAGUUCAUGUCUUUCUAAACAUCAAAAAAUUCACACAGGGGAGAAACCCUAUGAAUGCGGCAACUGUGGGAAAGCCUUUAGCCUGAGUGCCCAGCUCACCCGACACCAGAGAGUUCAUACUGGAGAAAAGCCUUACCUCUGUCAGGAAUGUGGGAAGUCCUUCAGUCAAAGCUCAUGCCUUUCUCUUCACCGGAGAAUUCACACGGGGGAGAAGCCCUACAUAUGUGGCAAGUGUGGGAAAGCCUUUGCCCAGAAAGCAAACCUAAUAAAGCAUGAGAGAAUUCACACUGGGGAGAAGCCUUAUGCUUGUAAUGUGUGUGGCAGAGCUUUUACUCUCAAGACCCAUCUUAGUCAGCACCAGAGAAUUCACACUCAGGAAAAACCAUAUUGCUGUAAAUACUGUCAUAAAACCUUUCGGAACUGCUCUAGUCUCUGCAGGCAUCAUCGCAGUCAUGAUUCUAGAAGUACAGGCUACAGUACUUCCCACAGCCACUUGGUGGCAGCAGAGUCCUACACAGCUGAACAUGCUCAUGUGAGGUCAGAAGUCCAAACAAGUCCAUUGCAAACUUCAUCCCCCUCCCAACUAAUCUCUCCUUAUUAAUAAAAAAUUGACUAGAAA